AUGGAGAAUCAGACUUUAUACCCACCUAUCUUGCCAGUGUACCCCUACCCCUUUGGCUUCUUCUCGUUCCAGCCCCAGCUUAAUUUCCCGGCUUGGAACGAUGAGAGUCCUCUUCACCUCGAUCUACCAAUAUGGUCUAACAUGUUCAACUCGACUUCCUUUCAUCCGUUGCAGGCUAUCAAGGUACCGCCCGGAGACAAGCUCGACUCCCAAGACAGACCCUUUGGAUGUUAUAAACCCGAUGGAAGGAGGAUGGAAUGGAAGAAAGGGGAAAGGAAUGCAGAUACUUCUACCGAGUUGUCAGGUGAAGACAAGCUCAGAGGGCUGAAAGCUGCUGCUAUCAGGAGUAGAGAAGCUAUGAAGAAGAAAAGAGAAGCAUUGAGAACGACAGAUGAUGAUGGACCUAUCGAAGUUGCAGGUACGAUCACAACCGAAUUAAUCGUUAGUGUUAAUCCUCCUUCUGGAAAUUCAAGAUCGUUCCUUCGAGAUCCUCCUCCUCACCUCCGUGCUACUCAAUACCACAGCGUUGAAGCACCGCUUACGCCCACUCCCUUGCCUAGCCAAGAUCCCAGGAUCGUUCACCUUUCCAUGACUCAGCAUUCUUCCAAUACAAAACUUGGAGCCAUAACUCAUUCGAAGUUGGGUCCAUUCGAUCACUCCAUCGACCUUUCCUUGAAAGACACCGAAGAAUUGGAUUUCAUCCCUUUCCCACCUUCCUCUCCUGCCCCAUCUUCUCACCUACCAAUGGUCAAAUCAAGAAGUCCUGAUAAUCUCAGUCCCCCAAGACAUGUGGACCAAAGUCCCAUAGCCAAAACCAUCGAAAGUGUAACAACCCAAAAGUCUCCCACACUCUCCGUUGGGAACAAGGACAAAAAGAACAAGAAAAAGAGAUCAAAGAAUCAACCAGAUAGUACACCACAGGGCGCUGCUCGACCAAGAGGGUUGACCUUGGAGGAAUACCUUCAUAAUGAGGUUCAUAAUAAGGCAGCUAAUAAGAAAGCUCGAAAAGAGGCCAAAAGAUUGAAAUUAUAA